AUGUUGUCUAAUAGAGAAUGGAUGUACACAAAGAGACUCGAUAAUCGUCGUUUGUUUAAUCCACAAUGGCCACAUUAUGUUAAUUUGUUUUUGGAUUUUGCUUAUGCGAACGCAACAAACAUCCAACAUAUCAUUAGGGAAGGGGUGGAAGUUUUUGAAAUUAGAUGUCCGUGUGCGAAAUGCAAAAAUAUUUAUUACCUUCCGAGAGAAUUAGUUUUUAGCCAUCUUGUUAACCGAGGCUUCAUGAUUGGUUAUACACAAUGGUAUUUACAUGGAGAAAAAUAUCCAACACUAGAGAUAGGUCAAUGUUCAAACCCAAUUUCACCUCAACACGUGGGUCCAAGUUCGAAUAUUGAAACAGUUCAACACAUUAAUAACGAUUUUAGUGAUUAUCAUAGAUAUGAGGAGAUGGUUAUCGAUAGCAUGCACCAACCUGAGGCUUCGUAUUAUCAACAAACACCACAACACCCAAAUCUUGAAGCCCAAAAUUUUUAUAAAGUUUUGAAACAAGCGAGUGAGCCUUUAUGGGACGGGUGCACAAAAACUUCCACACUCUCUGCCACCACUAGAUUAUUGGAUUGGAAAUCCCAAUCUAAUGUUUCAGACACGUCAUUUGAUACACUUCUUUCGAUUGUUAAAGACAUUCUACCAACUGGCGAGAAGCUUCCUAAUAACUUCUACGAGACCAAGAAAAUGUUGAAGCCACUAAAAUUGCCUUCAGAACGGAUUCAUGUAUGUAUAAACCAUUGCAUGCUAUUCAGGGGCCAGUUUGCUGAUUUGGAUCAUUGUGCAGUAUGUGGAGAAAAUAGAUACAAAGCCAAAGGGAGAAAGGUUCCUAAUUUGGUCAUGACUUACAUGCCGAUUGGACCGAGACUCCAAAGGCUCUUCUAUUCAAGGAAGACGGCCAAACAUUUAACUUGGCAUGCAGAUCAUUUAGUAGAUCCAGAAAAGAUGAUACAUCCCAGUGAAGGUGAAGCAUGGAAUCAUUUUGACAGAAAAUUUCCUAAUUUUGCAAAUGAGAAGCGCAACAUACGUCUCGGGUUGUGCACUGAUGGGUUUAGUCCUAAUAAUUCAAACACGACUCCCUAUUCGUGUUGUCCAGUGUUUCUCACUGUUUACAACCUACCCCCUUGGUUGGCUUUUAAACAUCAAUACAUACAACUUCCAUUGAUUAUUCCUGGGAAGAAGAGUCCCGGACAGAAUUUGGAUGUUUUUUUACAACCUUUGGUGGACGAGUUGAAGAUGUUGUUCACAGAUGGCAUUGAAACUUAUGACGCUCAUCGAAAGACCAAUUUUCAAAUGAAGGUUGUACUUCUAUGGACAGUUAGUGACUUCCCUGCUUAUGCAAUGUUGUCCGGAUGGAGCACUCAUGGUAAUUUAGUCUGUCCGUAUUGCAUGCACCAAACAGAAUCAUUUCGACUUUCCAACGGACAAAAACCGUGUUGGUUUGACUGUCAUAGAAAACAUCUACCCGAAAGACACGUAUUCCGAAAUGAUACAGUUAAUUUCUUAAAAGGCAAGAAAGUGAAGGGUCAUGAAGUGCCUGUUCCAUAUCCAACCGGAGAAUAUAUUUGGGAGAAAAUCCAACAUUUUCCCACUGUAUACAACGGUACUCCCUAUGGUCCAAAUUAUAUAAAACCAAAAGGUUUUGGUAUUACACAUAACUGGGUAAAGAAGAGCAUCUUUUGGGAGCUUCCAUAUUGGCGUCACCUGUUGAUCCGACACAACCUCGAUUUGAUGCAUGUUGAGAAGAAUUUUUUUGAAAAUAUGUUUCAUAUUUCGAUGGGUACCCCAAAGUCCAAAGACAAUAUGAAGGCAAGAGAGGAUAUUGAGAUGCUAUGUGACCGACCUAUACUAAACCCCAUUAGGGACAACAAUAGGAAGCCUAGGAAGAACCCUGGAAAGUACACAUUAACAAAGGAACAAGUUAAAAAAGACUUGUUCGAUAUGAAACGUUGUAUUGUUCAGACCAUGUGCAAGUUGGAGCAAAUAUACCCUCCUAGCUUCUUUGAUUCCAUGGAAAACCUGGUCAUAUACUUAGCUGAUGAAGCUAUUGUUGGUGGUCCGGUACAUUACAGAUGGAUGUACCAAUACAAGAGGAAACUGGGCAUAAUUAAAAGAAGAAUCAGGAACAAAGCACGAGUUGAGGGUUCAAUAGUCAAUGAACAUCUAGUGAAUGAACUCGCUACCUAUUGUUCAUUAUAUUUUGACCCGACGAUUGAGACACGCCAUAAUCGAGAAGCGCGGAAUUUUGCACCACAAAGUCACAGGUUUUCAAUGUGUAUAAUGUAUAAGACACCCGAUGGAAGUGCUAGACACUUAGAAGUUAUAGCUACGAAACCAUCGAGACAUGCUUAUUUUCAUAAUGGGUAUUUUGUAAAUGGUUAUAAGUUCCACACUCAACAAUACGGCGAGGGUCGUGCGACAAAAAACUUUGGAGUAUGUGUUAGAGGGGAGACGUAUAAUGCUGAACAAGAGUCAGACUACUACGGCAUAUUGCAAGAGAUCUUAGAGAUUGAGUAUUAUAGCAGUGGACCUUCGACUGUUCUACUGUUUAAUUGUAUUUGGUUUGAUAACAAAGACGGUGUAAUAGUCAACAAAAACAAGUUGGUCGAUGUCAAACCCAAAUCUCGACUUCAAACUGACGAUCCUUUUUGUUUGGCAUCACAAGCUGAACAAGUAUUUUAUACACCAUACCCUUCAAUGUCAAAUGAGACGAAAGACAAAUGGGCGGUUAUCAAAACAAAACCAAGAGGGGUAUUUGAAGUCACCGAAGCUGAAAUGGAAGCAGAUGAAGUCUUUCAGGUUGAAGAACGGUUUGAGUCACCCCUUACUGUAACUCGUGUGGAACCGUUAUGCCUAGCCUCAACUAUAAAUACAUAUGAGCAAAUAUCUGAUGAAGCGAAUGAGAGAAUUGUGGAGGAAGACGAAGAAGUGGAAGAUUUUGAAGACGGAGGUGAUGAAAACGAGUUUUAUUAUUCAGAAGAAGAAUUUGAAGACGAAGAUGAUGGGGAUGAAUGUUAG